AUGUCUGGAUCGAGAGUUAUGACCCAACAAUUGAGGAUUCAUAUCGGAAACAAAUCGAGGUUGAUCGCUCGCAUCACGAUUACGAAGGUGAGGAGGAUACUGAUAUUGAACAAGACUCGAUACGGCUGGAACCGAACAAUUCAGGAACUGUACAUGAAACAAGGACAAGGCUUUCUCCUCGUCUUCUCGAUCACCAGCAUGUCCUCUCUCCACGAACUUUCCGAAAUUCGCGAACAAAUCAUCCGCAUCAAGGACGACACCAAAGUCCCCAUUGUGAUUGUCGGCAACAAGUCUGAUCUCGAAGAAGAUCGCGCCGUUUCGCGAGCUCGCGCCUUUGCGCUUUCGCAAAGCUGGGGGAAUGCGCCUUACUACGAGACAUCGGCCCGUCGUCGCGCAAAUGUUAACGAGGUAUUUAUCGAUCUGUGUCGACAGAUUAUUCGCAAAGAUCUACAGGCAUCUCAACUGCGAUCCCUUGAAGUGCCAAGUCGGAAGCGAGAAACGCCUACUCGCGAACCACGGAAACGAGAGCGAAGAUCUUAUCGACGACGAGGACAAUGCGUUGUUAUCUGA